GUAGGAAAAUCAGUGCAACACCAUGGGAGGAGGAAACCAUGGUUGAGAAGAAGAAAAUUCGAUAGGACAGACACUCACAAGGAAGACUCGAGCUGCUAAGGCGGAAGAGAGUAGCUACCAUCAAGAGUUCCAAUUAUGGCAGAUAUGGAAGCAGAAGACCUAGAAGGAGGGAUUCGUCCGCAUCCACCGACGAAUUUCUGGUCAAUGGAAGAUCAAGUAAGGCAGUCAAUAGGGCAAAGCUAUGACAAGGGAGUCAUGCAGAUCAAUCCAAAUUUUGGUGAGGUCGUGAUUGAUGCAAGGGGGAAGAGGUUCAAAGUGAAUGGUUCGUUGGAUGAGAUUAAGGAGAAGUGGUUGAAGGAAAGAACAAUCAUCAUGCCAGUGGUUUUCCAGGAUAACUCUCGAAAUCUUACGAGAGGGGUCAAAGAGGACUUGAUUCGGGCGUACGAGGAUGGGUGGAUGGCGAGAAGGCUAUUUAGCCCGGAGGUAAGAAGAGGUAAAGUCACUUUCGAAGGAGCAAAUGUAAUCUCGUACGUGGCAAAGUCCCCGGAGGUAGUACUGUGGAUGGUACAAAAAGCUUCGACGAACCUGAAUCUGAGAGGGGUGGAUUACCCUGUGAUAUUCAACCCCUGGAUGACGAAAGUUGACCUAAAGGAACUCAAGUUGAAGGAGGCCGAGACCAAUUUCUGGAUCGUGGCUCUCAGAGUUCCUUUAGAAGGCUUCUACUAUCUGACAUCCGUGGUGGAAGGGUUGAUUGGGGGAGUCAAAAACAUGCACCCCCCGGAAGCGGACCGUUCGCGGUCGAAGUUGAUGAACGUAAAGUUUGACAUGGAUCCACAGGCGAGGUAUAGGGUGGAAAAUACACUGGCAGUAGAGUCGCUGAAAGGCGAAAUUUGGAAGAUUGAGGUGGCGACCCUGUACACCGAUUGGUAUCGAACCAGACGGUGGUAUUUUCACACAGAGGACAAUUGUCCUAGGGCAGCACAAGGGGAGAGGUCGACGAGACAGUGGUCAAACUCUCGUCUCCCACAGCAUAAUGGACCCCCGUCGAACUAGGAAGCGUCAGCGAAGCAAGGAGAUCGAGUGCAGGUGCAGGAGGAUAAAAGACCUCAUACGGA